AUGGGAAACUGUUGUGCGCCAGCAAAAAGCAAGCCAGCCCUUCUGCCUCCAGAAACCAAACAAACAAUACCAGACGAGCCUGACAACGAGCCGAAAAUCAACUUCAAAGCGUGCAUUUCAAAAAUUAAAGUGAACGGGCUCGGGGUGGUAAUGAAUAAUUAGAAAAAAGCAGCUAUCAAGAUAAGAUUCGAUAAGCUUGACUUCAACUUAGAAGAGAGAACUGCUUCAGAAGACGUUAUCAAAUGGAGCGAGGAAAACAAGUUUGAUUACUCCACCUCUCUUGCUCGAAUGGAUCACUCACUAAUGAAGAUUUGGAUCAUCGCUGAAAAAAAGGUCAUCGCCUCUUCUGAGCUUAAAAUUUCCAGCAUCAUCAAUGGGCCUAUACACACUAGUCUUUCUCUAGAGGACAGAGGAAAGCCCAAAGGGAGAAUCAGCUUUAACGUCGAAAUGCUUGAAGAGACUCUUCUGAUGAUCGCAGCCAAGCAUAUCAACUGCCAGCUUGAAGACGACGCCACUGGCAGGUACUCAGCAUCGAUCAAAUUUAUGAGCAAUUUUACUAAAGAAAGUCCGCAUUCAGACAUCAGUGACAAGCCAAAAUGGAACUUUUAUGACGAAAACCCUGAGGCAAGCCCAACUCUUCAGUUCGGAGCGACCAUCAAAACAGUGAGAGACGCUUCUAUUCAGAUUAGAAUUUACAAGCACCAUAAAUCAGGGCCAGCACUUGUGGCUGAGUGCUGGGUAGGGUUCACCAAACUCUUUCGAGAAGAAAUGGAAAAUAUAUAUAGAACUGAGUCGUAUUAUGGAAGUUCAGAAGGGACUCUUUCCACUUUGGACUUCAAUAAAAUCAAGAAUGCCUACAACAAAACACACUUGAAGACAUUCAAAGAGGAGCUUUGGCUGUCAGGAAGAAGGGCUGGAGAAGUCUCUGGGUCUCUGAAAAUCGCAUGUUUGCCUGUGUUCCAGCAGCUGAUUUCAGGAGUAAAUACAGAAAAAGGCUACCAAGUCCAAAGCUCUCAUUUUACACCUCAGAUGGGGAAAGCUUCAGGAAAAUUGCCAAAAGAAAUAGAACGGAUUAUAGAGCUCACUGCGAAAAUCAAGGAAAGUGUGAAUAUGAAAUCGAAGAGGGGCAACCCAGUUUUGAAUGAUAAAAACGUAUUUAGGGAAAAGAAACUGAACUUUGAUGAACUUUGCAAAAUUUUGACAUCAAGCAAACGAGAGUCAAUGGUCUGUUUUACUUACACUGGAGAGAAAAACAUAUUAAAAGCACAAAACUAUUUGAUUGACCUAGGCAUGCAUCUCGCUGAAUACGCAGAAUUGGUGAUGUAUGACAUAAAGCCUUACUAUUUCAAAAGCUUGAUGUGCCUUAUCAGGCGAGGAGAGCUUGAUAUUGGCUACCUUUCGCUCCAAGACAACGACCCAACUCUUUUGCCUCAGAAAAUAGAUGUCGCGGUUAGAUAUUUGACACUAUUUCACAAGAUGCUCAAGCUUGCCUUCUCUCGAAUGGUCUUCAAAGGGAUAGAUCAAAUGACACAAGAGUAUGUGGAGUGCAUGCUGGUUCUUGGCUGGUUCAGAGUGCCUCAAUUCAGAGCUGUCAUGGUGGAAACACUCAAGAAAAAGUCUUACCACCACAUUGACGAGUGGAGAGGAACUGAAAUAGACCUAGAUAGCGAUUCAGAAACAUCAUCAGAGCUUGUGUCAGUCAUUGACUGGCCAAGUUUGUUUUAUAAGCUACUUCCAAGCGAAAUAAAAAUUGAGCCUAUGAUUGCGUAUUUGAAUGACCAGGUGUGGAUUAAUAAGAUCGAAAAAAGAGGAGUCGCGUUUUUGAGAUUCUUAGAAGGGUGGGCUGAGCAUGUAAAUAAACAAUUCGUGGUGCAGCAUAUUUUGUGGUCAAGCAUCCCAGGGUACCCUGUGCUGCUGAAGUGCUUUUUGCUUGAGAUGAAGGAAAGGGAGAUCACUGAAUACCCUGAAGCCUUGAUAUCAGCUGCUUGCAAACUUCUUUACAAUCCUAAACUGAUAAGUGUUAUGGUCCGCAUCAUUUUUGGGAAAACCAAUGUAUUUGACUAUCAGGCUGUCCAAGAAAGCUAUAAUGUCUUAGGAAAGCUUUUCACAGCAGUAUACAGCUAUGGUUGAUUCUUGCCUCCAACAUUUGACAGCUCUUUCUUCUUAAAAGGGCUAAAAAUCACUAUUGAGCAUGAAAUCGGGCUGAGUGUGGCCAAGGCAAUUUCAUUUCUUUACUACCACUACCACAUGAUUCGAGGCCAUAUGAGAGAAGAGCUCCUGCUCCACUACAUCCUCGAAGAUCAGUUCAUGAGGCUCUUUUGUCACUGAUGUGUAGAUGUAAGGAGGAUGAUCUGUUAUUUCUUUGUUUUCCGCGUUCUCUCUCUCGAAUCUUUUUCCUUUGAGCCUGAAGACGACGUCAAGUUGAACAAAAAAAUCGCAAGGAAACUUAAGAAGAACUUAAGAAAUAUCAGAGAGCUCGCAAAUGAAGAAGAAGCGACUUAUAUAGACAAAGCACUUGUGGAGUAUGAGGCAGUUUAUAAGGAGUAUGAAGAGUGGAAAAACCUGCUUCCUGAAAAAUUCGGCAACGACCAGCUCUUUGGAGUCUCUGAUGAAUUUCCUUAUCCCAUUGUGGUGGUGAAGCUGAAUUUCGUGGAUCUUGCAGAGAGGCAAAUUGAAGAUGAGUGGUAG